UGUUGUUUCUUCUCUUCUUCAGUACGAUGAGGUGAAUCAACCCAUGAGAGCGAUGGGACGGGGCAUCCACAUUCGGCAAGGCAGAUCCUAAACGAACAGUUCAGACCUCAACAAAAACUUAGGACCCGUAACAGUUUCAAGGAUGUUCUUCCCAGAUGUUACUCUCUCAGCCAUAAAUUACGCACUUGUGUUGGGAAUAACGUGCUUGACCAUCUUCAGCAACUUCACCAAAAGUUCUUCCGAGUUUUCAGGCUACCUGUCCAAAGUGCUGAGGAACUACACGGAGCAGGCCUGCGACGGGGAGUACUUCUCAGUGCGCUGUCCGCCCCGCACCACCAUCAGCGUCCAGUCCUCUUUCUACGGCAGGAGAGGCCCCGCCCCUCAGCAGUGUCCGUCCCUUUACCCCAACCCCAACUCGCACUCAUUGGGAGAUGACGGCCAGUGUUACGUGUCCACCUCAUUUCAGAAGAUGCUGGAUGAAUGCCAGGACAGGCGGAGCUGUCAGGUCCUUGUCAACAGCCGCCUGUUUGGGACGGACCCUUGCCCCGGCAGAAGUAAAUACCUCAUUGUGUGGUACAAAUGCAGGCCGAACGAGUACAAGAGCAAGGUGGCGUGCGAGGGCGACCGCAUGCGGCUGAGCUGCAAGAGGGGCAUGCUGAUCGCCAUCUACUCCGCCAUCUUCGGGAGGUCCCAGCAGGGCAGCCUGGAGUGCCCGCCUUACCACCGGAGGGCGCCGGCUGUAGAGUGCCAGUCCAUGGGCGCCCUCCAGGUGCUGACGUCCCGCUGUCAGGGGAAAAGGAGCUGCUCCGUCCAUGCCUCCACCCGGGAGUUUGGGGACCCCUGCUACUCCGGCACCCGAAAAUACCUCAGUGUCAUCUACACCUGCGUCCCAAAGAAGCUGCUGGAGGAGGCCGGUCCCAAACGAACCCCGUACGCUCCCCCGCCACGUCCCCAUGACCCCAACGUUGUAGGAGACAGCGCCCCUCCUGAUGGAGCCACGCUGGUGACCUCUGACUCUCAGCCAGGGAAGAAGAAGCGAGGGAGGGAGUCUGGCACGUUCUCCACGGGACACAAGACCUCUCGGGACGGCAUCGGCGAGGCGAUGCCCGGGACCCUGACCCCCACCAUAGACGCCAAGGCUGUCAGCCCUGAUAUGGCUCUCAUCAGCAACGCCCUGGCGGCCUACACCUUCAUAGCAGAGCACCCGGAGCGUGCGGCCCUGUUCUUCGUGUGCGGCGUGUGCCUGGGCCUCUUCCUCACGCUCUUCGCCCUCGUGGUGCAGAUCUCCUGCCGCACGGACUGCCAGGCGCGGCCGCCCCGGAAGCGGGCGCGCGCGGCGGCCGAGAGCGCCAGCGACAGCAGCGACAGCGACUCGGACUGGGACACCACCUCGGACCUGUCGGCCCGCCGGCACCGCCGCUUCGAGCGGACGCUCCACACCAACGUCUUCACGUCGGCCGAGGAGCUGGAGCGGGCCCAGCGGCUGGAGGAGCGCGAGAGGAUCAUCCGCGAGAUCUGGAUGAACGGGCAGCCCGACAUUCCCGGGACGCGCAGCCUCAACCGCUACUACUAG